GGGUACUGGAGUGUGGUGUAAAGUCCCACAGCCUACAGGGGACUGACGGCCGACCAAAUGGCUAUCUUCGCUCUCGGAACGCUGCUGCUGUCUGCCUUGGCGCUGACGUCCUGCAGCGCAAAUGGCAUAUCCUACGGCAGGGGCUACGGCUACGUGGGUGCUCCUCACAGGAGAGUUCUGGUAAAGGCGGUUCCAGUGAAACGGAUUGCAUAUGGCCACAAGCGCGGAGGUGUGUACCGCAGCGCGCACGACAGCUACGAUGAGCGGGACGCCCUCCGCACCGCCGACUCGGACGUCCACCACCGCCUCGUCCACGCCAAACCCGUCCACAAAGUCGUCCACAAGGCCGUCCACGAGCCCGUCCACACGGCCGUCCACGAGCCCGUCCACAAGACCGUGUUCGUGCCGCCCUACCCACCGGCGCCGGUUGAGAAGACCGUCCACGUGCCGCUGCACGCCGCCCACGACGAGCACGUGGCGCACGUGGCGCACGUGGAGCACGUGUCGUACCACUACGACCCGCACGUGGUGCCGGAGUGCGCUCUGGUCAACCACCUGGCCUACAACGUCACCGCCUGCCUCGACGACGCCGCCUACCCCACUGACUACAUCAUCCACGAGCUGAAGAAGAACCCGGAGCUGACCGACCGACUGAUGAGUGACGUCACCUACCAGUCAGCUGAUAACCUCGUCGACGGUCUGACUAAGGCGGAGGAGGAGAGCUACAGCCGCCAGCACUACUUCGGUCUGACCGACGGAGACCACCUGACGCACGCUGACGGCCACGCAUACGGCGCCAGCUACCAGGAGCAGGGAGGCUACAUCUGCCCCUCCGACAUCUUCUACGGCCGGGUGAAGCGCGCCGUCAACACGUUCGGAGAGUGGAAGGUGAUAGUCAACCUGCCCGAUAACUUCCGCCACGACCCCAAGUACAAGAAGUAUGUGCAGACCUCGCGACUCGAGAGCUGCGUGUACCCUGGCGCCGCGUGCAGCUUCGUAGACCACAUCUUCCCGUCCGCCUGUCUGCAGAAGUACUCCUUCGUGCGCCUGGUGGCCUACAGUUACGACCGAGGCCUGCAUGUGGACUCUUUCAAGCUGCCCUCGGCCUGCUCGUGUCACGUGUCGCCCCGGCCGGUGCCUUAUUGAAGUGAUGGAGGCCGGCGAACCAGCGGUGACCUGAUCCGUGACUAGGGUUGGCUUCUUCAGUUGUGAUUUGGCCCGUGUCUGAGGCUCAGGCCGGAAUUUGACCCUAACUGUGGACUGAUCGAAAUCGAUUGCUUUUGCCAGUCUUUGAUGAGGAUCUGAGGGCAUUUUCCACGAAAUUUGAUACAAACUUCACUUUCAAUGAUAGCGGCGAGAUUUGUGGACAGCCUUUUUUAUAAUUUAUAGCUGUACCUGUGAGUGUACUUUCUGCGCUAGUAAGUUUCACUCGACACGUGAAAAAAAAACAUUUAAUACACUGAGCUACCGUAAGAAAGACUGCCUAGAUAACAGAAAGUGGAAGUGUUAUUAUUAACUCUUGAUAGCUCUCAUGUAUGCGUUUUUCUUUUUCGAUGCGAUUUUAAUGCAUUAACGUAUUUAUCACGAGUAUGCAGUAUGCUCAAAUAAACUUGUCGCUUGAUCAAAUUCUUAUUUAGAAACCGAGAAGAGGUUUGACACAUGUUCUCACUUAUGUUGUGUGAAAUAAAGAUACUCAUC